AGAAAUGGAACCUGAAAAAAUAACAGAUGAAAAUGGAAACGCAAGACCCUCAAAAAAAGAAGUUGAAAUGGAUGCACUUGAAGAUAGCUCAGAUGAUGAAUUAGAAGACAAGUUAAAAGAAAAGAACAGUUUCUUCUUGGAACCACCACCCCAAGUGCAUCACCAAAGCUUCGCUACAAUGAACUUAUCUAGACCACUGCUAAAGGCUAUCACUGAGUUGGGUUUUCUUCAUCCUACUCCAAUCCAGGCAUCAACCAUUCCUGUGGCUUUAAUGGGUAAAGAUGUGUGUGCAUGUGCAGCCACUGGAACAGGAAAGACAGCAGCAUUCAUGUUACCAAUUCUUGAAAGACUUCUAUACAAGCCAUUGCAGAAUUCUGUGUCACGAGUCCUUGUUCUUACACCUACAAGAGAGUUAGCAAUACAGAUUCAUUCAGUUUCUUUAAAGCUUGCAAAACACACAAACAUCACUGUUUGCCUAGCUGCMGGUGGACUUGACUUGAAGACUCAAGAAGCAGCCCUGCGAAAUAGGCCUGACAUCAUUGUAGCAACACCAGGACGACUUGUGGAUCACUUACAUAAUACACCAACAUUUGAUCUUCAAGCAGUGGAAAUUCUUGUCCUUGAUGAAGCUGAUCGUAUGCUUGAUGAACAUUUCAAAGACCAAAUGGAUGAAAUCAUUAAACUGAGCAACAGAGGAAGACAAACAAUGCUGUUCUCUGCUACCAUGACUGAUGAGGUUGAAGAGCUAGUGUCAUUGUCACUAAACCAGCCAAUCAGACUUUUUGUCGACAGCAAUACUGAUGUUGCAUACAAUUUAACACAAGAGUUUAUUAGGAUAAGACAAAACAGAGAGGAUGACCGUUUAGCUAUUGUCACAGCUUUGUGCAGCAGGACAUUCAGUGACCAUUGUCUGGUAUUUGCCCAAACCAAAUGGAUGGCCCAUAAACUCAGAAUAAUUUUAGGAUUACUUGGAUUAAAUGUUGAAGAAUUACAUGGAAAUCUUACGCAAUUACAAAGGUUAGAAUCUUUAAGAAAGUUCAAAGAUGGCGAGGUAGACUUCCUCGUGUGCACUGAUCUUGCAGCAAGAGGUCUUGACAUUACUGGCGUAAAAACGGUUAUCAACUUUUCCAUGCCAACGAACGUUAAACAGUACGUGCAUCGCGUUGGAAGAACAGCUAGAGCAGGCAAAAGUGGAAGGUCCGUCACACUUGUUGGAGAGAAAGAGAGAAAAUCUUUGAAAGAAGUGGUUAAAAACUCGAGGACUCAAGUUAAAAGUAGAAUAAUUCCACCAGAAGUUAUAGAGAAAUAUUCUUCAAAAGUUGAAGCAUUGGAGGCUGAUAUUAAAGAUAUAUUAAAGCAGGAAAAUGAAGAAAAAGAGAUGCGUAUUUCCGAGAUGGAGAUGAACAAAGCUAAAAAUCUACUGGAUCAUGAAAAAGAAAUAUAUUCUCGACCUGCAAGAGUUUGGUUUCAAGAUAAAAACGAUUUGAAAAGAAAGGGAAACGAAAAAGGUCAACCGAAAAAGAGGCUUAAAAAGGAGACACGCCAAGCAAUUAAAAUGACAGAAGAAGAAAAAUCAAGACAACGCGAAAUGGACUUCAUCAAAAGAGAAGCUAAGCGGUCAAAAAGGCCGAAAAAACUAUCCGCUUUUCCACCUGAACGUCCUGAACAAGAUCAAACAAAGAAAUCAAAACCUAAAGCUGGCAAAACAAGAUCGUUUGAUCAAGAACUUACCGAUAUCAGUAAAAAGGCUUUGAAGCAAUUCAGAUCAAGCGACUCGAGUAUGACUACUUCAAGUAAAAAGUCAAAGAAUUCAGCGGUUGCUCCUCAAACACACAAGGGUGCCAAAGGAAAAGGCAAAUUCAAAUCAAAGAAAAAAUUUAAGCGAAGAUGAUUCUGUAGGCUUUAAAUCAGGGAAAUUUUAAAAAUUAUGUAUUAUCUUUCGAAUAAAAUCAAAUAGUUAAAUGCUUUCUAUGUUGUUUUAUUUYUCAAUUCUCUUUUACAAAAAAGAUUCUUUCACUAAAAAUUAUCACGAUUUGUUGAAUGCAUCGUAUCGCAAGUUCUUUAGUUGCUCUUUCUUUCGCCUUAAGUUAUGGUGGCAGAUCUCGACCGUCCCAGUAUAUCUAUGUAUAUAUAGGAUUAAAAGUUAUCCAACCUUGAGAAAACACGGCCCCGACCUACUAMGACCUUGAGAUGAACRUCUGUCAGAUAAGACACUGGUAUAGUAUCAGUGUCUCGCUAAGUAAGAGCUUUUAAAAUUGGUAAAAUASUGUGUUGUGCAAAUGUUAGCUAUAAUCAUGUUGAAUUAAUUCUAUUGAGCAGACAAAUAGUAAGGCAAUAAAAUCCAGCA